AUGGCGACACUUGACGUGCCCACCUUGCACUCCAGGCGUUCCUCCACGAAGACGCUCUCCAGGUCCGUCGCGAAUGGCUCAAAGUCCGGGAUGUUGCUCAGACGCAGCACCGACACCUUGACGGGGGCGAUCAAGGGUGACGACAUGACGCCGCGCUUCUCGUCACCCUCGCGAGAAUCGAAAUUUUGUUCAAAAGCGGCAAGGGAAAUGCCGAACGAGGGCUCGAUCACCGAGGGAACGAACUUUUCUUCGCUCACCAUCUUCUCCACCAACUUAGUCGCCACCAUGUCGCGCUGCAGCGUGAACUGCUUGCCGUCGCACAGCGGGCCCAGCGUGGCCUCGCUCUUGGAGGUCAGCUCGUCCUCGAAAGCCUGGGCGCGUGGCACAUCAUCCUUCAAAGCCUCUAGCGCCUCGAGGAUCGCGGCCACAUCGGCCUUGAACGUUCGGCCAAUCUUGCCCUUGUUCGGCUUGAUCUCCACGAUCAGGCGCUUCUCGGGAUUGUCGAACUUGUGCGUGCCCACCAUCUUGACCUUACUCUUCUUGGCCCGGAGCUCAACUUGA